CUUUUCUAAAUAAUUUUUGUGCUGUGUACACGUGUUCUCCACAAUGGCACCCACUGGAAAUGCUAAAAAGGUCGCCAAGACGGCCAAAAAGGGCAAGAAGCAUCCCGUCAAUACGCUCUUGAAGGGUGGUGUGCUGCGUUACUCCAAGGCUCAGAUGUACAAGCGCCGCGCGCUCUACCGCCUGAAGGACAAGAAGCACCCCGUUGUGCAAAAGACCAAGGUGCCCAUCAAGAAGGUGAAGAAGAUCGGUGGCCCCAAGAACGGUGGUGAGCGUACCGUCUAUCUGCGCAAGCCAAAGGCCAACUUCCCAACCAAGACCUUCAUCAAGAAGCGUCCCGGCAAGGCCAACUACAGCGAGCACAAGCGCACCACGCGUCACAACCUGAAGCCAGGUACCGUGCUCAUUCUGCUGGCUGGCCGUCACCAGGGCAAGCGUGUUGUGCUGCUGAAGUCCCUCAACUCCGGUCUGUUGCUGGUAACUGGUCCAUUCGCCCUCAACUCCUGCCCACUGCGUCGCGUGUCCCAGCGCUACGUUAUUGGAACCUCCUCUCGCGUGGAUUUGGGCGCAUACAAGGUGCCCGAGCAUCUGAAUGACGCUUACUUCCGCCGCUUGAAGGCCAAGAAGGAGAAGAAGUCGGGUGAGGCUGACAUCUUCGCUGCCAAGAAGGAGCGCUUCGUGCCCAACGAGCAGCGCAAGAAGGACCAGAAGGAAGUCGACAGCGCUCUGCUGAAGCUGAUCAAGGCCCAUCCUGAUGGCAAAUUCUUCAAGAAGUACUUGCAGAACAUGUUCGCACUGCACUCCUCCCAAUUUCCACACCGCAUGCGCUGGUAAAGAACAAUAAAAGGAAGCAACUUCAGUUUAAGGAUUUUUAAAUACUUUGUACAAGCCCCGCUGAUUACAAACAAUUUGUAAAAAUAAACAUUACAAAACGGAUCUUUGUGUCGAGGUAUGAGGAAA